GAGGAUCUUGAGAGUCAGACAGCAUCCUGUCUCAAGCAGUUGGCCGAGGAGGAACUAUCUCAACAAGAAGACAGUAUCUUUGCAGGCAAGAAACCAAAACCUCUUCUAGAAUGGUAUGGGAAACCGUUUAUACGAUAUUGCACUUUACCAGGAAAAUGUAUUUCGGUAUGGACGGUGAUGUCCUAGUUUAAGUUGUAAAGGUUUUUAGGCUGGCGUAAAUGUAUUUUUGCUACUCCCCUCCCUUCCCCCCACACCCUCUUGACUCAUGAUGCAACAAAAGCACUUCCUGGCCUCAAUAUGUCACUUUAAGAUUUUGUUAUGAGCUAUGCGUUCAUGCGUUCAUGGAAACUUGCACUUCAGAAAUCAAAACAAGUUGCUCUAAAACCUCUUUCCCUGUGUCCCUACCUAUUCUCUCUCUCUCUCUCUCUCUCUCUCACUGAGUGAAAUAUGACAGAACUUUCAAUGAUGUAGCCUGACAGUAGCAAUAUGACCAACAUAUACAAUUACAAUGUGUCAAAACUUCCCACGAUUUAUGAACUUGUUUCACUUUUACAUUCUAGUCAAGCUCUCUGGUUGUGUGCGAGGUGGACGAGAGUCUGAAAGAAAAACUGAAGAAGUUCAGAUUUCGAAAAGAGACCAACAAUGCAGCCAUCUUGAGUGAGUAUGACUUCAUUGAAAACAUGUUCCUCAGUAGCCCAAUUGUCAUCUGUUUCACCUAA